UUCACAAUCUUAUCUCCACGUGUCUGACGAAAUCGACACUGACUGCUAGCUGCUAAACCAGUUUUGCAUCACAACGCACCGAAGAAGGCUAGCAUCGUCAACUCUGCAGCGCUUUACUCUGUUUCAUCCGUUAGUUAGUAUUCAAGCCGUGAGGUACUUACCGAGCAGACAUUCCCAACCAACCACGCUGAUUGGCACCAGCAGAGGCAGACGCUCCGACCAAUCGCUCAGUACCGUGUUGCGCUUUGUCCGCUUCGAAUCGGGUUUUCUUGCGAACGCUCCGGCUGGAAUCGCCAAUUGCAUCCCAGUAGGCAUCGAGUCAAGUGCGAAUCAUGAUUUCGUUCGUUCAAAUCGCGGCCUGCUCCCUCAUUGCAUUUGUUGGCUUCAAGUUGCUAAGAUUGUACAUCGAGGGAGGCCAGUUUCGGAAGCGAACACGCUGCGAUGGUAAAGUGAUUGUGAUUACCGGCGCCAACACGGGGAUUGGCAAGGAAACCGCUAAGGAGCUGCUGAAGCGUGGCGGAAAGGUCUACAUCGCGUGUCGGUCGCUGGAGAAGGCCAAUCAGGCGCGGAAAGACCUGAUGGCCGAAACCGGUAGCACCGAAAUUCACGUGCGGCAGUUGGACCUGUCGUCACUGGACUCGGUGAGGGAGUUUGCCGCCAAAUUCCUCAAGGAGGAACAACGGUUGGACAUUUUGAUCAAUAACGCCGGAGUGAUGGCUUGUCCGAAAGCGUUGACCAAGGAUGGCUUCGAGCAACAGAUCGGAGUUAAUCAUUUAGGACACUUUCUGCUGACGAAUUUGCUUCUAGACCGGCUGAAGUCGUCGGCGCCGUCUCGAGUGGUGAAUCUCUCCAGUCUGGCGCAUCGAUUCGGAACGAUUAACAGGCGUGAUUUGAAUAGCGAGCAGUCGUACAACCAGGUUACCGCGUACUGCCAGAGUAAGUUGGCCAAUAUUUUGUUCACGCGGGAGUUGGCCAAGCGGCUGGAGGGAACCGGAGUGACGACGUAUGCGGUACACCCAGGAACCGUCGAUACCGAGCUACCCCGACACAUGGGAUCCUUCUUUUUCCUGUUUGAACACAACUUGGUAAAACCGAUUCUACGCCUUACAUUCAAGACUCCCAAAUCGGGAGCCCAAACGAGCCUCUACACUGCCCUGGAUGAAGAUUUGGCCAACGAAAGUGGAAAGUAUUACGCAGACUGCCGUGCGGUAAAGCCCAGCAAAGAAGGACGCGACAACGACACAGCCCGCUGGCUAUGGGACAUAAGCUCAAAGAUGGUGGGUCUUUCGGAAAAAUCGUCCUGAAUUUGUGAUAUAAAUAAAUUUGGUCAACGAUAAGGGUUCAUAGCUAGAUUCUAAAAAUGGGUUUCAUUUGUACAUGUUAUUCAUAGUAAUAAAAUAAAAUUUCGGGAAAA